GUUCGAUUCAUCAGACUGAGCGACGUGUGGCGCAAGUCGUGCAAGUAGCUGAGUUUCAAAACACCAUAUGCUCAUUUUAGUUAAGUUAAUUUAGUUAAUUCGGGUUAGUUAGAAUUAGUUUAUCUGUCGAUCGAUUCAAAAAUGGCCGGGGAGUCGGUGAAAUUGUCUAAGAACCUGUUGAGGAUGAAGUUCAUGCAAAGAGGGCUGGACGCCGAAACGAAGAAGCAGCUGGAAGAAGACGAGAAAAGGAUAAUCAGUGAUGAGCACUGGUACCUGGAUCUGCCGGAGCUUAAAGCAAAAGAGAAUUUGAUCAUUGAGGAGAAGAGCCUGGUUCCCUGUGAGGAUUUGCUCUAUGGCCGUAUGUCCUUCAAAGGGUUUAAUCCAGAGGUGGAGAAACUGAUGGUGCUGCUGAAUCCUAAAGAUGAAAAGGAGGAAGAGGGGGAGGAUGUGAGCUGCAUGCAGACAGACGUCACUGAUGAAGAAAUGGCUCUGAGGUACGAGAGUUUAGUGGGAACCAUGAAGAAGAAGUUUGCAAAGAAGCGCGAGCGAGCAGCGAUGGACGAGGACGACGUCAACCAGAACGUAGUUGUGAAAAACUCAAAGAAAGCUUUCCUGAAGCCCCAGGACUGAAAAUAUUUUGUGAUGAAAAACGGGAAUGUCGGAAACUACAAACUGAACGGAUGCUACACGUUUAGUCGUCUCUGUGAGACGCAUUACUGCCGACCGAGCUUUUAAAGGAACAGUUCAACAUUUCCGCUCGUCGCACCGGAAGAUCCGCCGGUUCCAGUUCCGCUUUGAGGUACACACCUCGAAACAUUCGGACUCGGACUGUGAAACAGAGGCCGACAGGAAGUUGCUGGAUGAAUUUCCACAUUAUUAAAGCUCUGCAGAGAAUCUCCAGAGGAACCAAGAUUAAUUUAAUUUGUUACAAUGUUUUAGAACUACGCAGAUUGGAUUGUUUUUUAUUUUUUAAGAAAAUGUUUUUUUAAACAUCUGUGUUGCUGCAGUUCUUCAGGUUAUCAAUGUACAUGUAUAAAGAAAAUAAUGUGAAUGAAGCAGACAGGAAUAUUUUUAAAUAAACUGAAACCUUCAUGCACCCUCCAUAAAAGGAUAUUUCAGAAAUUUAAGAACUUACCUGAGCAGGUGUACCAUCUUUAAUAACAUAAAAAAGGAAAAAUGUCUGUUUUAUUGAA